UUGGAGCCUGUAUCCUAGCCCACUUCCUACACUUUCACUUUACGGAUGGCUUUUCGAAACUGCCGUUCACAUAGCGCCUCUGACUGAAACCGUGCUUUACGUUGUUUAAUUCAGGGUGUUAAAAUGCUUUCAAUGUUAGUUUAACGUUGCUGGAGAUGUUACUUUCGGUCACAGACGGAUACAAGCCAUUUCCUCGUCCAUAACCUUCUCAGACCAACGCCAUGAUCCUUUCGUCUCCUAUCAAAACGCUUUCGGGCCCCGGAUGGCUUGUUGUUGUUCUGGCGGCGGCCUCUGUGUCCUCAGCUCCUACAACUGUAACAAUCUAUAAAAAGGUGGGAGGCGAGGUAACGCUCAAACCAAAACAGGGCUCUGUGACUAAUGCAACCAAAAACCUCGAAUGGAAAGUUGGGAAGGAUCUGGCUGUUGACUUUGACCCACCAGAUCUCACGUACUAUAAUAUAUUUAAAGGUCGGAGCAACUUGAACAUCCAGACUGGAGAACUGACGAUCACAAACCUGACUUAUGAUUUCACUGAGGUGUACACGACAGAGAUAGACAAAAGCGUAAUUGACCACGAGAUUCUCCUCUUUGUACUCGCUCCAGUUCCUAUACCAACCAUUGCUCCAUCCUCCUGCCCUGAGGGGUCAACCACAUGUACCCUGACCUGUGAGGGAAACACGACCAGAGCGGAACCAGUACAAUACAUAUGGAUGGCUGACAACAAGGAAGUGCCAGGUCUCACAGACAAAACAUACACUGUAAAGAACGACAGUUCAGGUGUCGGAGAGUUCACCUGUAAGAUGAAGAAUCCGGUCAGUGAGGAGAGAAGCAAACCCUUCUCCAACCCAUUCAAGGCUCUUUAUAACUCAGCUGAAAGUGGUCCGAAGAUUUCCAGAGGACUCACAGUGUUGGUCAUUUUGCUUUCUGCUGUGAUACUGGUAGUCAUCAUCCACAGAAUGAAAACAGGAGAAUGCUUCUACAAUAAAUCCUCCAUGCCGUGGGAAAGAGAUUUCUGGAGGAAUACCAAGGCGCAGCAACCUCAAGUAGCCGCUUCAGAAUCCAACGGCAACACCACUCCACUAAAAGGCCAAUUAGAUGAGGAAACUGCAGUGGCGGAUUGAUAAAACAACAUCUUGAAACUGGCAUCAUUGGCAAAAUCUUCUCUGGAACAAAGAUUUUGAAGGUUGGAUUUUUCUAGAAGUGUUUUUUUUUUUUUUUUUUUUUUUUUUUUACCCCCAAGAAUGUUUUUGACAUUUUCCGCUGGCACUGAAAGCAACAACUGACUUGAGAGAACACACCAAGAUAUUCUGCUCUACUGUUACGUUGGAUGUUUUUAAUAGGAAAGACUUUUUUGUUGUUGUUUUGUUAUUGCAGCGUCUGAAACAUGCACUUAAGUGAUAUUUUUAAGGGAAAGUAAUGUAAUCAGAGUGAGUUUAGGUAAGACAAAAGGAAGAGAGGGUGAGCUGCUGAACCUUUGGAGGUUUGGUUCAGGAUUUUCCAAAGUGUCGAACAAUUCCUGGAAGCCCGGUAAGGUGAGCUUUCCUGUAAAAGGCCGUAUAUAAAUGACACCUACUGAUACUUUGACCUAAUCGAACUGGAGUGUGCUCCUGGUUUGAUGCGAGUCGGGACUCGUGCACUUUUAUCCGUGUCAGAGCAACCGAGCUAAGAGAAGAGGAAUAAAGGAAGGACAUUGUGUGUCUGAGCCGCCUGUUCAGCCAACAGUCAAAACUUGGUGCAGAACUGCUGACGGUUCAGCAUCCAACCUACAUGUUUGGUUUGUGACUUGACUUUUGGUGAUGAAAUGAGCUCCUCUGUACAGAUUUAUGAUUUUAAUAAAGAAAAAAGCUAUCAAAGCCAACCAGGCCUUAUGUGACGAGGGUAAUCCAAGCAUCAACAUCCUU